AAUUAUAAUGCGUUCGCCAUCAUUGCGCAAGAAGGGGGGGUAGGGUAAUCGCUGUAAACUUUUCUCGUCUUUUACAGUGAAUGGUUUUAGCAGAGUUAUUUUGUUAUUUUAAAUGCAAUUUUCUUUUGUGAAAGUGAUUAGAAGUGCAAACAGAGCCGCGGAAACAAAUAACGUGGACUUCUGAGUAACUUUUGGACGAAGUUUGGUUUGGGAAUCGACGGAAAUAAAACCAGGAAUUGAGGAGGGGGCAGUGCUGGUCAAGAUGUCUGCAGGACAGGCCCUGAGAGCAGCCGUGGAGCAAAGGCUCAUGGGAGUUCUGGAAGAGGUCCUAGGGAUGAUUCAGAGCACAGUCGAUCAGUACGAGUCCCAGCUGAAACAGUGCAGAGACAGAGAGGAGGCGAGCGAGAGGCUGCAGGGGGAGAGGGCUCUGCUGCUGUGGCCAGAGACUACAGAACAGACCAGGGAAGCAGAAAAGGAGCAAAAUGAGAUGUCCAUUCAGACUAUCAUCAAAGAGGAAGAACCAGACCCUUGGAGCAUCUCUGAGACUCAGGCUGACCUCAUAAAGAAGGACCUACCACCACCUAGAACCAACCUACGACGCCCCCAUGAGCAAGACCCAGGGAAUCCAGCCCCCAACCACAAAACCAAGUCUGAGGACAGUGAUGAGGAGUGCCCGAUCUGCAGACAGCUGGACCUACACCAAAAAGAAGAGUUAACUGAACAAGCUUUAACCACAGAAACAAUUAUACCCAACACAAGAUGCAACAAUGAAAACCCUCAAACUUCAAAUCAAGAAGAAAGAAUCGAACCACAACAUUUUGAAAACAUGCAAGUGAAAAGCGAAGAGAAUGACCAAGGAUAUUCUGAUAGUGCAAAGAAAUUGACUGAAAAUGUUAGUGAACAGGAGAGACAUGGGGAAGAACAUGCACCACAAUAUUUUAAAAUAACAGUGACAAAUGAAGACCAGCAGAUAGCGCCAAACUCCACCAACCUUUGUUGCUUAGUCCCUGAAGAGACUAAGGAACAAAAUACGGAAACUGAAAAAGUGGUUAGCUCAAGUUUAGAAAAUCAUUUGGGAGAUGGAAUAGACAAUUCAACUGUGGCUGAAAUAGAGAAAGAAGGACCAAAAGAAAAUAGUGGAAAAUUAGACACACAAAAUUCAAAUUCUGCGGAGGGAGGGCUGCCUAUAAAUGAGGAAGAUAUAACAAAUACAAAUAGUGUAGACUCCACACAGAAAUCUGUUGAACAAGAGAGAAUGGAAGAGGGAGAGUGUUCACAAAAAGGUUUAAAAAGAUCAGCGACAGAUAUAGACCAAGAGAUUGCGCCAAAGUGCAAAAAAAUAUCAUUAGAAAUGCAGGAAGAAACUCGCGAGUCUGAAAAAGUGUUAGAAAAAAAUUUGGGGGGUACAAUGGACAAUGCUAUGCCUGACACAAAGGAGCCAGAAAACCUUAGCAAGAAGACAGACAAUUUAGAUGCACAAUAUACAAAUUCUGCGGACAAAGGGCUGUCUAUGAAUGAGCAAAAUCAGGAAAUAAAUGAUCCAAAAACACAAGAAAAUAUCCUAAAGGAUGUAAGCACCACAAACACAGAAGAUCAAGUAGAGUGGCUAACACAAAAUCUGGUCAAAAAGCUGCCUACUGUAAGACUUGUACCAUUGAAAUUUGUCAGUGAAACUGCACAAAAUGAAGUGCAAAUAACAAAAUCUAUCAUCAGAAAACCAGCAUCGACUCCACAAAGUAUUUUAAAGGAGAAUUUAGUGAAACAGGAAUUAUGUGAAAUCCCAAGCAGUAAUGGGAGCCAACAAAAUGGCGUCCAAAAUUCCGAAAAUUCGCAGACAUCUACACUACACAACACAAAAAUCUUGAGGAAGUCUGUGAGCUUUGCGGAAAAAAAAUCUGAAUUUGUUAAGUCGCCAAGCACGCGUUCAAUUUCUAAGCAGGUCUCGGAAAAAGACAAAGAAAAAAGUAGUGAAAUUUCAUUGAGAAGGCAGAAGAGUAGUAAGGGACAGAGUAGGGAUAGGAAAGCAAAACAAAAUGAUGCUACAGUAGAUUCGGAACGAGCUUCGGAUACAAAUAAUUCCAAUUCCAAAAUUCGCAGCGAUUCAGGAAAAAGUAAAGAAGAUCGUAUUUCGAAAGUCAAAAACCUUACAGCUGUGCAGUCAGGUCCAGUAGCUGACCAACAAGGAGCAAAAAGUUCGAAAUUAAGCUCAAACAUACACACUAAUAAUCUUAAUAGUGUAAAUACUAACAAAGCUGUAGAAAGUCCUCAGAAAGCAGGAAACAAUUCACAAAAUUUGAAUGAUGGAAAAGUUUCUGAAACAAGAGAUUCGAUAAGUUCUGAGUCCAAAAACAAAAAAAGACCAAAGAGUACAGAUAAAUAUGAAUGCCCCGAAUGUGGCACUGCUUUUAGUCUGAAGGGAAAUCUACUGAAACAUUUGGUCGUCCAUAGAGAAGAGCGGCCAUUUUCUUGCUCUCAGUGCAACGCAACUUUUAAACGCAAACUUAACCUGAAAGCCCACAUGUCCAUACAUCUGGAGGAGAAACAGUAUGAGUGCUCCAUCUGCCAUAAGAAAUACACUCGCAAGUCCAAUCUGGAUGAUCACAUGAAGGGCCACACUGGUCAAAAACCUUACAUCUGCUCAGUUUGCUCCCGUCCGUUUACAUGUGGUAGUAACCUUCGCCGACACAUGGCUUCACAUUUAGGUCUGCGUCCUUUUGAGUGUGAGAUCUGCGGUAAAAAAUAUGGUCGGAAAUCGAUUUUACACGAGCACAUGGCAUCGCAUACUCGAGAUAGACCUUUCAGCUGUUCAGUUUGUAAGAGCAAAUUCUCACGGCAAAAUAAUCUUCGUAAACACAUGAGGAUUCACGACCUUGGACGGAGGUACAAGUGUUCGGAGUGCCCGUCAGCUUUCAGUCAGAAAGUGCAUUUAGAUCAGCACAUGUUUCAGCACACUGGAGAUAAGCCAUAUAAGUGUCCAGUUUGUCAAAAAGGAUUCACUCGGAAAGCUUACAUUCAACAGCACAAAGAGAUGUACUGCCUCGGCCCCGCCUCAAACCAACUCUCUGGCUUCAAACCGGUCAGAAGCCCCGUCCGUAGACACAAACAGACCCAAAGCCCUGCCCAAAAAGAGACCCAAAGCCCCGCAGAUAAACCGACUCAAAGCUCCACCCAGAGCCACACCCUCAAACAGACGCAAAGCCCUGCACAUAAACCGACGCAAAGCUCUGCCCAGAGCCAGGCCCACAAACAGACCCAAAGACCCGCACAUAAACCGACUCAAAGCUCCACUCAGAGCCCCACCCACAAACAGACCCCAAACCCCGCCCACAAACAGACCCAAAGCCCCACCCGUAGUCACGCACAUAAACAAACCCAAAGCUCCACCCAUAGCCACACCCACAAACAGGACAGAAAGGCAGAAACACAAGAGGGAAAAAUGGUUGAAUGAGAGAGAGCUAGUAAAUCUUCUCUUUGAUCCAUUUUCUGGUUAAGGGUACGUCACCCGCUUAUCUCUUGGUGAUGUUAUUGCUUUCACUUAAAUGUUCCAGAGUAUGUCAAUUAAAGUGGGACUUAAUACUUAAACUCUGCCCUCAACCACUUUUCAAAUAGAGCUGCUAAACUGGGCAGUAAAGGACUAAAGAAAUACAUGAAGGGGGAGGAAGGACUGGACGUAUAAGGAGCACUGCAAUUGAUCAAACAGGUAUCCAAACUCCAACCCUGCAGCCAGAAACACCUUGCUGGGUAGUCAGGGCAGUUAUACGUGAUGUCACCAACUACUGGAAAUUUAUUCCAGGACACACCCCAGUUCCUCAAAGCUGUAUACAGUUUUUACCUAGUUUUGUGGCAAAAAUGUAAUGGUGUUUACUUCUACUUUAAUAUACCCAUCUACAGUGCUGUUAAAAAGUAUUUGCCCACUUCCUGAUUUUUUUUCAUUUUGCAUGUGUGUCACACUUAACUAGCUAAUAAAUUUAAGUAUUAAACACAAAUAAUCCAAGUAAACAUAAAAUGUGUUUUUUCUGUGAUGGUGUUAUUUGUUUAUGUUUACUUGUGAGUUAUCUUUGUUUAAUAUUUAAGUUUGUAUGAUCUGAAAUGGCUAAAAGUGACAAAGAUGCAAAUAAAGUAAGAAAUCUGUAAGGGGGAAAAUACUUUUUCACAGCACUGUAUUUAUUCAAUUGUAGGUGUUUUUAUUGCUGAAAAAUACCCAGGAAAAAUAAUGAACUUCUACUGUGACUCGCCUCUCCACAGAUUUGACUUUUAACACUUUUGACACAGUGUUUUGUGUAAAAAAGGUUUUGCUUCAGUACUACCGUGUUGCAUUGUAUUGUAUUGUAUAACCAGUUGUAAAUUUGCUGAGAGCUCUGUGUGCUGUUUACAUCUAAUUAGAAAACAUUUUGUCCUCUGUGAACCAGGAAGUAAAAUUGUUGUCAUGCAAGUAUUUGUUAGCAGUGGCGUGACAGUAAAACUUCGCCCUGGCCUCUGAAAAGUGUUUUUACUUUUUCAUGUUUCUACUUUUUUAUGCUUUAUUCAAGACUGUAUACCACUGUCAGGUAAUUGAAAUGUAGCAGGUUGUAAAUAAAGUACAAAAUAAACUCACAUGAUCAAAAAAUA